CCGCCGGAGCCGCCCGGAGCCGGCGCGGCCUAGCCCGAGCGGCGCAGCCGGGGGCUGGCGUGAGCGGCCGGCCCGGCCUCCCCGCACCCCUGGCCGGGGCCCAUGCGGCCGGGGUCCCCGCGCUGAGCCGCCCGGCGCCCGUGGCCCUUCCUCGCAGCCCCCGGGCCCCCGGCCCCGGCGGCACCAUGUCCAGCGCCCGGACCCCCCUGCCCACGCUGAACGAGAGGGACACGGAGCAGCAGCCGGCCCUCGGACACCUGGACACCAAGCCCAGCAGUAAGGCCAACAUGCUCCGUGGCCGCAACUCGGCCACCUCUGCUGACGAGCAGCCACACAUCGGCAACUACCGGCUCCUCAAGACCAUCGGCAAGGGCAACUUUGCCAAAGUGAAGCUGGCCCGGCACGUCCUGACUGGCAAGGAGGUGGCGGUGAAGAUCAUUGACAAGACCCAGCUCAAUUCCUCCAGCCUCCAGAAGCUGUUCCGGGAAGUAAGAAUAAUGAAGGUUUUGAAUCAUCCCAACAUAGUUAAAUUAUUUGAAGUGAUUGAGACGGAGAAGACCCUUUAUCUGGUGAUGGAGUACGCCAGUGGAGGAGAGGUGUUUGAUUACCUGGUGGCUCAUGGGAGGAUGAAGGAAAAAGAGGCUCGAGCAAAGUUCCGACAGAUAGUAUCGGCCGUCCAGUACUGUCACCAGAAGUUCAUUGUGCACAGGGACCUGAAGGCAGAAAACCUGCUGCUGGACGCCGACAUGAACAUUAAGAUCGCCGACUUUGGCUUCAGUAACGAGUUCACCUUUGGCACCAAGCUGGACACGUUCUGCGGCAGCCCCCCCUAUGCUGCCCCCGAGCUCUUCCAGGGCAAGAAGUACGACGGGCCCGAGGUGGAUGUCUGGAGCCUCGGGGUCAUCCUCUACACGCUGGUCAGCGGCUCCCUGCCUUUUGACGGCCAGAACCUCAAGGAGCUUCGGGAGCGGGUGCUGCGGGGGAAGUACCGGAUCCCGUUCUACAUGUCCACGGACUGCGAGAACCUGCUCAAGAAGUUCCUUAUUCUCAACCCCAGCAAGAGGGGCACGUUGGAGCAAAUCAUGAAAGACCGGUGGAUGAAUGUGGGGCACGAGGAGGACGAGCUGAAGCCAUAUGUGGAGCCGCUGCCAGAUUACAAGGACCCUCGGCGGACAGAGCUGAUGGUCUCCAUGGGCUACACGCGGGAGGAGAUCCAGGACUCCCUGGUGGGCCAGAAAUACAACGAGGUCAUGGCCACCUACCUGCUCCUGGGCUACAAGAGCUCAGAGCUGGAGGGUGAGACGAUCACGCUGAAGCCGAGGCCUUCGGCAGAACUGACCAACAGCAGCGCCCCCUCCCCGUCCCACAAGGUACAGCGCAGUGUCUCUGCCAACCCCAAGCAGCGGCGCUUCAGCGAUCAGGCUGGUCCUGCCAUCCCCACCUCCAACUCCUACUCGAAGAAGACACAGAGUAACAACGCUGAGAACAAGCGGCCCGAGGAGGAGCGGGAGUCCGGGCGGAAGGCCAGCAGCACCGCCAAGGUGCCCGCCAGCCCCCUGCCCGGCCUCGAGCGGAAGAAGACCACCCCCAGCCCCUCCACGAACAGCGUGCUCUCCACCAGCACCAACAGGAGCCGGAACUCCCCGCUCCUGGAGCGGGCCAGCCUGGGGCAGAGCUCCGUCCAGAACGGCAAGGACAGCCUAACCAUGCCGGGCUCCCGGGCCUCCACGGCCUCUGCCUCCGCCGCUGUCUCUGCGGCCCGGCCCCGCCAGCACCAGAAGUCCAUGUCAGCCUCCGUGCACCCCAACAAGGCCUCGGGGCUGCCCCCGACAGACAAUAACUGUGAGGUGCCCAGGCCCAGUACCGCUCCCCAGAGGGUCCCCGUGGCCUCCCCCUCCGCCCACAACAUCAGCAGCAGCGGGGGAGCCCCCGAACGGACCAACUUCCCCCGCGGGGUGUCGAGCAGAAGCACCUUCCACGCCGGGCAGCUGCGCCAGGUGCGGGAUCAGCAGAACCUGCCCUACGGGGUCACCCCUGCCUCACCUUCUGGCCACAGCCAGGGCCGAAGGGGGGCCUCCGGAAACCUCUUCAGCAAGUUCACCUCCAAGUUUGUUCGCAGAAAUCUGUCUUUCAGGUUUGCCAGAAGGUAGGCGUUGAGCCCGCUGUGUGUGUCUGUGCCCUGUCCUGUCUCUGUCACUAAGUCCCCUGUCCCGGCUCCUCCCCUCUGCCGCCCGCUAACGGAGUCUGUGUGGCCUCUGGCUCCCAGCAGACAUCUUAAAGGGGGGCCGCCCUCCCCGGCACCGCACCCGGCGGACCCUGGGGAGAAGGACGCCCGAGAAGGCUCCCGGGGGGCCGUUGGGCCGGGGCCUCGCAGCCCCAAACCCCUCCCCCUCCUCUAGAGGGUUAAGGACGGCUCGACCCCACAGGGCCAGGGAGGGGGUGGGUGGAGCCGUGUGACCCUUGGCUCGGGCCCAUUUAGGGAAUGUCACGGGAAGGUUCGGUGGUGGCCCUGGGGCCUGGAAGUGACCCCGACUUCCCAGGAGCUGGGAAAGGCACCGGGGCGGGGCACUUUGCCCAACCCACGCAUCUGCUGGGUGCCCACGUGGCCAGGGGAGAGGGGCUUGGGCAGAGGGCCUGCCUCCCCUUUAAGUUUGUCUUGCCCUCCCUGUCCCGGGCUCUGGGGCCCAGGUGGCUGCUUCCUCUCCCCCCAACCCUGCGUGCAUGCGAGGGGCCGGGGGCUUUCCCCAUUCGUCUGGGAGCUGUUUCCCACCCCCUAGCUCCCUGGUUUCCCAGAAGGGGCUCUGCCCCCGGCUCCUCCUGCCCUCUUUGUGGUGGACUCUGGGACGGGGGCUGGGCCUGGUGCUCAGCCGGCUCAGAGGGAGAGGUUUGGGGGGUCAGCAGCGCCCCCUCCUGUUCAGCAGGUCUCAUCACAAGGGGCAGCCCCAGCCCAGCUGCCCCCUCUCCCCACGGCUGCCCUCGGCCCUGGGCGGCUUUUCCCCAGCCUGCCUCCACCUUGGCAGCUCCUCAGGGCCCCCCAAACACCAGGGAAGGGAGGAGCCCCAAGGGAUCAGCCACAGGGCUGGAAGGGUCAAAGCCCCACCCCUUCCCGGGGCACUGACCAUCCUCCUUGGCCCGGCCCCUGGGAGGAGGGGGAGCCCUGAGAUCUCAGGAGGUCAAGGGGCUCUCUCGGAAGCUGGCUCACCUUGGUCCGGGCCCUGGGGAGGAGAGGGGGGGCUUUUGCUCCUGGUGUGAGGACCCUUCCCUUGGGCCCCCCCUGCCCAGGACCCCCAUUCUUUGGCCCCCCCCCCCCGGUGUGUUUGCGUGCCGUUUGUGUGUGUCUUUGUGUUCCCCCACGUGCCUCCCCGCCCCCCCAGAGAAGCCGCUCAGCGGGGCCAGAACCCCGAGGCUGUGGGCACCCCAGGGAGGGUUCAGCAGAGUGCGGCCCAGGGGCCUCCCAGGCUGCCCGGCGGGAAGGAAGGAUUCCUGGGGUGAUCUUGGGGAGCCUCCCGUUCCCCUCCCCCAUCUGCCCUCCUCCUGCCGGCCGACACUCGGGGCCCCUUCACACAGCUCCCUCGCUCUCUGCUCUGGCAAAUCCCCAGACACCCCCGACGUCGGCGGGCAGACGGACGGACCCGGGUGUCUGCUAGAUGGGGGAGCCCGGGUGGGAGUGGGCGGCAGCGUCAGAC